AUGGCGCUCCAACGUGCUGAUCCCACGCCGUUCGUGCCACCUGGAAUGCAGUGGGAGGAUGUCCCUAACAGAGUCCGGAUGAUCAGAGCAGUGGCACAGUCCCGUCCCCUGGCUAGGAACGAGAACCUGGCCAUCGUAACAAUCAAUCCACUCCUGGGUAAUCCUCUUGACUUCACUGUAGUAAGGGAGGUGCUUAGAGAGUAUUUGGUUGAUCAAGAGCGUGUCAACAUCAGAGAUAUCCAACCUACUCAGCUGGGCCAGGCUCUAGUUCGUUUUGCCUAUGAUGCUGAUAGAGAUGCCUUUGUUCUGGAUAGCCCACACCCUUUUGGAGAUGUCAACAUCUCUUUUGCUAGGCACAAUCAAGGUAGAAACUGGAGAAGAGUGUAUUUCAAUAGGGAAGUACGUUUGCUGCUAUUGGGUUUCCAUGCUGAUUAUUGUGAGGAUGAAUAUGUAGAGGAUGUCAUUGGUCCCUUUGGUAGAGUCAUCAGUUGGACUGGGGUCUCAGCUCGUCUGGCUAGAAUCAUUGUCAAAGCCAGAGUAACUGAUCUGGAGUCCAUCCCGCAGUUCAUAGCCUUCGCCGACUCACCAAGGUUUGAAGGGGAAUCAUGGACAAUCCAAUGUGAAAUCAUACAACAUGAGAUGUUGGGUGUAGGACCAACUGACGAGGAUCAGAUUCCAGUGCAGCAGUAUAUUCAGGGUGUACAGCAGUUUGACUUCUUUGGCCUUGGCCAACAGAUAGAAGCGCCAAAUCACAAUCACCAGCUGCCAGGCAUCAAUGAUGCAGCACCUGAUCAGCAAGAACAACAGGAACAGGAGAAUGCCUGGCCCCAAUGGCCUGAGGAGAUUGCACCCAUACAAGUACCUGUUCAGCCUGUUUUCCCCCAGGAGAUCAAUCUGAAUGUGGCCCCUCCAGUGCUGGCCCAAGAUUUGAAUGAAGCACCAAUGAAUGAAGACCUGCAAGAAGUUCUAAUUCACCCUGGGCCAAUGGAAGCACAGCAGCAGGCUGAGAUAGAGGACGUGAGCUCUGGGCAAGGGGAGGCUGAAAAUGUUGGAGAUGAGCUGAUGGAUGACCUAGAGCAAGUGCAAGCAAAUCCUGAACAGGGGGAACCUGAAAAUAUUGGCCUGGUGAGAAUUGUGCCCACUUUCAUCCCUUUUGAGCCAGCCCCUAUCAUCAAGAAUGCAACCAGUGAUCCCAUUCCUAGCCUGCUGCAGCCUAUCCUUGUAAUCAGUAAGACAGUCAACAAUGAUGCCAAUGGGAAUUGUGCAGAAAUGACCUCCGUCGAGAUGCCAAAGAAGUGGGCUGAUUUCUUUAAGGUUUUCUUAAGCUCCCCAUCAAACUUUGCUUGGGCAAAGAAAUUGCUGCAAACACAGUUUCCUGAGACUUUAUACCAGCCAUGGAAUGCCACAAAACUCACCCUGCCAUUUGAACCUAUCAAACAACUGAUGGGACAAUGUGGUAAACUCAGCACCCUUGACAGCUCGGUAGUGCCAGUAGAAACACUGAUCCUAGAAGAUGAAGAAGAAUACAACCUGUCACCACAGAGCAAAAAAAGAGCAAGGAAACCCAAGACUCAGUCACCAGUUGUGGACUCUGAAGUAAGGAGGAGCAGCAGAGUAAGGGAAAAAUUCAAUGGUUUCAAGCCAAGUGGCUGCAAGCUUGCAAACUGCCUGGGGUGUAAUCUGGAACCACCAACUCUCUCACUGGACACACUGCAGAACAUUGGCACCAAGAUGUGCCAGCUAAGCUCAGAAGAAGUUAAAGAAGCUACUCUAAGCAGGAAGAAGAAGCCCAAGCCCAUUUCAAAGAAGAAGGGGGAAAAGCACUAG